GUGACAGCCAACGUUUUAAUACGGAAGAGAAACAAGCCUAAGAUUUUUUUCCGAUUGGCGUUGUUUUAAAAAAAAUGAAAUACAAGUAAACAGACAGAGAGAUAGCUUGGUCAUACUUUUAUUUUAAGGACACGUUAAAUCUGGACCGACGUUACGUGAUCGAAUGGCUGGCGGUAAUUUACAGAAAGCCAUAGAUUUGGCCAACAAAGCUGCAGCUGAGGACAAAGCCAAAAACUAUGAAGAGGCCCUCAGAUGCUAUCAGCAAGCACUGCAGUACUUCCUUCAUGCUGUCAAAUAUGAGACUUCGAGUGAACGAGCAAAGGUGAGCAUCAGGGAGAAGUGUGCCGAGUAUCUGGACAGAGCUGAGCAGCUGAAAACUUAUCUGAAGAAGAAGGAGAACGCUCCACCAGCCAAACCCGUCAAAGAGAAUCAGUCUGGCGACAAAGGGAGUGAAAGUGAUGAAGGGGAAGACCAAGAAAAGAAGAAGCUCCAAAGUCAGCUUUCAGGUGCCAUCGUCAUGGAAAAGCCAAACAUCAAGUGGGACGAUGUCGCUGGACUUGAAGGGGCCAAAGAAGCCUUGAAGGAAGCUGUCAUCCUGCCUAUCAAAUUCCCUCAUCUGUUCACAGGAAAGCGAACUCCUUGGCGGGGGAUCCUUCUCUUCGGCCCUCCAGGAACAGGAAAAUCCUACCUGGCGAAGGCGGUAGCUACAGAGGCCAACAACUCCACCUUCUUUUCCAUCUCCUCCUCCGAUCUUGUGUCCAAGUGGUUGGGGGAAAGUGAAAAGCUGGUGAAGAACCUGUUCUCUUUAGCUCGGGAACACAAACCAUCGAUUAUUUUCAUUGACGAGAUCGACUCCCUCUGUGGCUCCAGGAGUGAGAAUGAGAGUGAGGCGGCGCGCAGAAUCAAGACAGAGUUUCUUGUUCAGAUGCAGGGUGUUGGAAAUAAUAAUGAGGGAAUCCUGGUCCUCGGAGCCACAAAUAUACCAUGGACAUUGGAUUCUGCAAUUAGAAGAAGGUUUGAAAAGCGAAUCUACAUCCCUCUGCCUGAGGAGCACGCUCGCUCAUUCAUGUUCAAACUGCAUCUGGGAUCCACCCCCAACGGCCUGACAGAGGCAGACUUCAUCACCCUGGGCAAAAAGACAGAUGGCUACUCUGGGGCUGAUGUCAGUAUCAUUGUCAGGGAUGCCCUCAUGCAACCUGUUCGCAAGGUCCAGUCAGCCACGCACUUCAAAAAGGUUCAGGGAUCAUCUUGGAACAAUCCGAGUGUUAUGGUGGAGGACCUCCUGACUCCAUGCUCACCAGGAGAUCCCAACGCCAUAGAGAUGACUUGGAUGGACGUUCCUGGGGAGAAGCUUCUUGAGCCAGUUGUAACCAUGGACGACAUGCUGAGGUCACUCACAAACACCAAGCCGACAGUGAACGAGCAGGACUUGGAGAAGCUGAAGAAGUUCACUGAAGAUUUUGGUCAAGAAGGCUAGCACUGUUCCUGCUCCACUCAUGAAAUGAGCAGCAACUAGCAUUUAUUUUUCUUUUGAUUGAUUGGAACUUGCUAUGGAUUUUCUAGUCUACAGUAAAUUCUUGGUUCUCUACGUCCUUACAUUCUUAAUCAGUUUCUCAAAAGUAUCCGGGGUAUGAUGGAAUACUGGAGUAAGAUGAGGAAAACAGAAAAGCAGGCAAAUAGUUUUGACAGCAAACUUCCUGCUGUUUCUGUAAACAAAAAUAAUUAAUUGUGGAUCAAAACAUUUUUUUUGUCUAUCAACUACUCAAUCAACUGUUUCAGCACUGAAAAAUCAGUUUACUCAUUUGUAAGGUUUCAUAUCUUUUAACUCAAUGGUCUUAUAUUUGCACAACUAAAAAGAAAUCUUAUUUUUUUAAAGACAAAUGCACCUUUGCAACACUUCUUACCUCCAACUAUUUAUAUUCAUGUUAGUUUAGAGUUGGAUUUUAGUAAAAGGGAAUAUUCACUGUAAGAUUUUAAAGGCUGCACUCACUUUAUCAGUUACUGUUUGCUGGUUGUUUUUAUUUCAAAUACACAAUGUUGAAGAUGUGCAAUUAAACAUAAACAUAAACAUUAAAGUAGUAUCACUUAAGACCGACAUACGAAGCGGGGUGUUCUGUAUGUUAUCGACACAGUUACUGAAUUGAACAGGAGACAGGAGUUGAACAGGAGUCUUUCAAGAUUGACAUUUAUAAAUUUUGAUGUGUGCUACAUUGAGUUACAGUGUCUAUACACAUUUUCCACACUUUUAUUGGGUCUUUUGUCAAUUGUGAGGCUUAAAUGGUUAGGUUUGUGUCAAAUUAUUUAUAAAUUGUCCCUAUGUACUAAGUACUGCCUUUGCAUCUCUAAUAUACCUUUUAUUUAUUUGGGCUUUUGGUGUUGGUUUGUGUGUAGAGGUUACUUAUUAGUUAUAUAAAUAAAGCUGAUGGUGGUCAUUUA